GUGCCUAUGUCUCUGCGCGGAUCUCCUGGUCCCUCUGCCAUCAUGUCGAUGUUCAUUGUGAACACCAACGUGCCCCGGGCCUCUGUGCCGGACGGGUUCCUCUCCGAGCUCACCCAACAGCUGGCGCAGGCCACCGGCAAGCCGCCCCAGUACAUCGCGGUGCACAUGGUCCCGGACCAGCUCAUGACCUUCGGGGGCUCCAGCAAGGCCUGCGCGCUCUGCAGCCUGCACAGCAUCGGCAAGACUGGCGGCGCGCAGAACCUCUCCUACAGCAAGUCGCUGUGUGGCCUGCUGGCCGAGCGCCUGCGCAUCAGCCCGGACAGGGUCGACAUCAAUUAUUAG